AUGUGGGUGUUCUAUCUGAUAUCGCUGCCUCUAACACUGGGCAUGGUGAUAUUUACUCUGAAAUACUUCGCCGGUCCAUACGUACCUCGAUAUGUAUACUUCACCGUAGGAUACACAUGGUUCUGCUCUAUCUCCGUCAUCAUCCUCGUCCCUGCUGACAUUUGGACGACGAUAAUUGGUCAUGACAAUGGAGGAAUCUCUUUCUUUUGGAGCUGGUCGUAUUGGAGUACAUUUUUGCUUACUUGGCUAGUGGUGCCCCUUAUUCAGGGCUAUGAAGAUGCUGGAGACUUCACAGUGAUGGAAAGAUUGAAGACUAGUGUACAUGUAAACUUGGUCUUCUAUUUAGCAGUGGGAUCCGUCGGCCUUUUUGGGCUUAUUCUCCUCAUUACUAUGCAAAAACCUAGGUGGCAUGUUAUUUGUUGGAUUAGCUGGGUCUUCAGCUCUUCUUGCAGACUCUUAUGAGGCCCAUAUGUUGAGCAAGAUCAAGGUAGUUUUUUUCCCCCACUUUUUGGUUGUCAUCGACUCUAAGGCUAGGAGGGCCCUGGCGCUAUGCCCACUUUAUGGAUGAAUUUUGGGAUCUAUGCAGGGCUUUAAACAUGCAUUUUAGUUGGUCCCUCCAUCAACAAAAAGCUGAUUUGUUGAGGGGAGAGAAGUAAUCAACAUUCUAAGGAUGUAGUCGGUUUUCAAACUCUUAAUAAGGCCACUUUGUACACUUGGAUGGCGCCCUUGUUGAAUUUGAAAAUUCAAUGUGAGGGAUGUUCCCUUUGAAACUUUGGACAGUAGUGUAUUGCAGAUGUAGGAGUUGUGUCAUGUUUCAUUUGAAGGAGAAUCAGUUGUCUGGUGGUUUGGUUGGCCUAUUACAGCUUGUGGCAUUUGGACCACACUUGCAAGAAAGAUGAUAGGAUUUUUUUCUCUGACAGUGAAGAAGAAAUAGUUGGAUGGUUAGAUCAGGAAAUCAGAAGUCUUAUAUCGUCUCAGAAGUCAUUUGGAGUCCAUUCUAUCCUCUCUGAGAUUGAUGAUGAUGGCUAGUCGAGGUUAUCUCAGGAAUUGAAGUCUUCUAUGUACCUUUAUUGUGUCUUAUUCCUUAAUAUUCCCCUUGCUGAUAGGACCGCUUACUUUGGAAGAGAGAUUUAGGAGUCAGAUGCCUCA